AUGUCUUCGAAAAAAGAUUGGUUCAUUGAGGCUAUUAAAAAAGAAUUCAUUAAAUCAUUUGAUUAUAAUUCUUUUGAAGCUUUUAAGCCAAUUGCUAAAGGAGGGUUUGGCAUUGUAUCUAAAGCUUACCUUAAAGAUGCUGAUAAAGUUGUGGCAUUAAAGUGCUUGUAUCAUGGUCCUACCAAUGAAGACGAAGACUCUUUUGAUAGUUUUAUUAGAGAAGUUAGAAACAUUGCUAAAGUUGAUCAUGAUAAUAUAAUCCGAUUUUUUGGAAUCACUCAUGAUAUAAGUUUAAGAGUAAUUAAAGGUGAAAGAGAGACUCCAGUUAAUGGAUCCCCUCUCGACUUUAUAAAUCUUUAUCGUGAUGCUUGGGAUGAUGAUCCAAAUAAACGUCCCAACACAAAUGAAAUCCGUGAUAGGCUAAAAGAUAUGAAUUUAACCCCAGUCUAUCAUAAUGUUCUUAGUCUUUCAGAUCCUCAGAUAUUAGAACCAGGUAAUAAUGAAAACGAUGGCCUGGGUGUUCAUGAUCAUCGCGUUUAUGGUACUUAUGAACAAAUAUAUUCGAUAGUACAAAGAUUUCAGGAAUUGACUGUUGUGAAUCAAAAUAAUACUAAUGUUGAUGAGUCAAACGAUGUACAAAUGGAUCAAACUGAUCACAAUGACGAUGUUACUACUAUUCAAGAGUCAAAUCCAUUAAAAGCUCCUAACGUUGAUCCGAAUAUCCUUAAUGAUGGUAAAGAAGCAGAUUUGAUAGAUAUCAAUGAAUCUUCUAUUAUUUCAAUAAGUUCAAAUGAAUCAGUUAGUAACCAAUAUUUGCGCCAAAUCUGUGAUAUCGAUAUGAAUUUAAGUAAUUUACCAGUAAUUAAUCCAGACAAUGCAGAGGAAUUAAGAAACCGUGGUGAAGCUUAUUAUAAAUCAAGAAAUUAUGAAGAAUCACUUACAGAAUUAAAUAGAUCAUUAGAUAUUGAACCAAAUAACGCAUUUGCAUUACGAACUCGUGGUGCGACAUACUAUGAACUGGGAAGAUAUAAAGAAUCACUUGAAGAUUUAAAUAAAUCUUUAGAAAUCGAUCCAAAUAAUCCUCUUACUUUAAGAAUUCGUUAG